AUGGGUAGGUCACCUUGCUGUGAGAAAGUGGGGUUGAAGAAAGGGCCAUGGACUCCCGAAGAAGACCAGAAGCUCAUCGCUUACAUUGAACAACACGGCCAUGGAAGCUGGCGUGCUUUGCCUUCCAAAGCUGGACUUGAGAGAUGUGGGAAAAGUUGCAGACUGAGGUGGACUAAUUAUCUCAGACCUGAUAUCAAACGAGGAAAGUUCAGCUUGCAAGAAGAGAGAACCAUUAUUCAGCUUCAUGCUCUUCUUGGAAACAGAUGGUCAGCCAUAGCGGCUCAUUUGCCUAAGAGAACGGACAAUGAAAUUAAGAACUAUUGGAACACUCAUCUGAAGAAGAGGCUCGCGAGAAUGGGAAUCGACCCGGCCACUCACCGGCCCAAAGUUGACGCCGGCGGUGGCCCGGCUAGCUCCAGCCUUAGCCACAUGGCUCAGUGGGAGAGUGCGCGGCUUGAAGCCGAAGCCAGGCUAGUCAGAGAAAUCUCGGCUCGGCAGUCCGUUCCGCCGUGCCUAGACGUCCUCAAAGCAUGGCGAAACUCAUGGUCAUCGUUGCCGACAGCAGAAGACAAAAAUGCCAGAAUGCAUAACAUGUACGCCUUGAUGCUCGCCGCAGCUGACGACGAUCUCGAGUCGCCGACGUCCACCUUGAGCUUCCCAGAACCGAUGUUACCACUUAGCUCCCCCAACACCACCACCACCAACGUAGGAAUAUCACCUGAAAAAGUCGUCAUCCCUCCGCUCACAACCACCACCAUGGCUAAUUCUCUCGCCGCAGCCACUUCAGGAAUGGAGCCAUGGGACACGGCGGCGAUGAUCGGAGAAAGAACAACAACGACAAACUUACAAGACGACGACAUUAUGGUGGCGGUGGAGGCAUUUAUGGGGGAAAGGUACAAGAAUGUGCAAGAAGUACUGUCAUCAAACAGUAAAAUGGAAGGCUUAAACGGCGCAGAUAAUGAUGAUGUGAUUGUUUUUGAAUCCAGUGAGAACAUGGACAACUUGGGUUUCGUCGAUAUUAAUGGCGAAUCAAGCAUGAUGAUUUGUGGAAACACAAACUUUGAGGACAAGAAUCAUUACUGGAACAGCAUAUGUAGUGCCCAGACUUGGUGA